AUGGAACCCUUGCGGAGCGUAUCACGACAAGACUCUGAGAAGUCCGAGGCUCGUCGACAGACCAACCGCUCCAAUGCUGCCAUUCAGCAUGUCACGGAUACUAUGAUUGCUGUUACCGAAUCUUUCCGCCACCAUUAUCACCAACAUCAUGGUGGUUACUCUCCAGCAGCACCGGCUCCCACUUACACGAACCUCAACUCUUAUUCCCAAUCACGCAACUAUGCUCACUCCAACAAUCGUUCCAAUUCUCAAUCACACUCACACGGUCGAAGUCCGUCGACCGUGAGUGAGGUAUCCCAGGGUCUCCUUGAUAUGGACAUAGUGAGCCAGAUGACUGCAUCGGAUGUUUCACCCGUUUCACCUCAAAGUAACUACACGCCUGCGAUGCUUAUGCCAGGACGACCUCGAAAUGCCGAGACCGACACUCCUCUAGACCGAGAACUAGAGCCAGAGAUGGUUGAGACUUCUGCUCAAAUACCUGAAGACUUUAUUCGACUUGCAACACCGGAUUUACCGCCACGAUUGGACACACCUCAUACACCACCUCCCCUCUUAAGCGUUCCUUUAAAUUUCGCCGAUAAUCAACACCAUGUACCUCCAGCUUCAAAUACCAACCCGUCUCCUGCGAACUUUUCGGUCAACCAUGGCGGACUUGUCGAAGCUGCUAGGCGUUUCGAAACUUUUAGAUCAACGACACAACAUCAUCAAUACAUGGCUCUCAGACCUGACCUGGGUACAAGAACGCUGCCUUUGGGUACAGUUACUCAUAUCCGUGCAGGCUCUGACCCAGAACCAUCAGCACCUGCUGGCCCAGGCCUGCGUAGGAAACCUCUGAACGAAGGGGCCAGGCAGAUUGUAUUCAACCAUCCCUGUAAUGAGAGCCUCUUUGUUGCUUUCAUCUGUAUGGCUCAGCUCUUGACAUAUGCCAGUCUUGCGCAGACGUUGACGUCGGCACGACAAAUCGGCGAAUCAUUCUUCGAACCAGAGCGCACAGCACAUCUUGCUUGGUUUACUUCGGCAUAUAUGCUAAGUUAUGGCGCAACAACUCUUUUAGGGAACCGAAUCGGAAACGUUUGUGGUCAGAGGCAUGCAUUCAUCGCUGGAUACUUUUGGUUUGCCUUCUGGAGUCUCCUAACUGGGCUGAGCGUGUACGUGCAGACGAGCGGUGGUGGAGGUGCUACCUUCUUCUGUGUCUGUCGUGCAAUGCAAGGUAUCGGUCCAGCCCUUAUCAUCCCUAAUGGCUACGGGAUGUUGCUGAGGGCAUAUCCGCCUGGACCCCGAAAGAUGCUUGUCAUGGGCUUGUUCGAUGCCUCUGUCCCCUGCGGGUUCGUCGUUGGCUCUGUCAUGACAGGCCUUUUCGCCAACUGUGCAUCAUGGCCAUGGGCUUUCUACUGCUUAGCCGCGGUUUGCACUGCUCUAGGCAUUUCAAGCAUGCUUGUAGUACCUAAAAAAAGAGUUUUGGUCUAUGAUUUUGAAGGCAACUUGUGGAAACGUCUUGAUAUCUUAGGGUUCGUAGCUGGCGUCUCUGCAUUGGUUCUAUUUGCUGUUGGUUGGAACCAAGCACCUAUCUCGGGAUGGGAUGCUCCCGAAACAUACAUCUUGAUCUUUGCAGGUUUAUUGAUUCUGCCACUGUUCCGUUUCCUGGAAUCCCAAGCCAGUCAUCCAUUGGUACCCUUCAAGCAGAUUGACAUAACUGCUUGCAUUACUCUUGGCUUUGUGACUGCCGCCUCAGCAGCAUUCGGGAUCUGGGUCUGGUACUUCGCGCAGUUUGUCGAAGUUCUAAGAGGAUGGGGACCUCUGCUCACGAGCGCUGGCCUUGUUCCGAUACUGGUCAUUGGUGGUGUUAUUAGCUUUGCUUGCUGGCCCUUUGCAAACCGCGACUUCACCGCCCAGCUUGCUAUGGUGAGUUCAUCGGUAGCAAUCUUGGUUAGUUCGGCUUUGAUGGCUACGGCUCCAGCUCAACAGGAGUAUUGGGCAAAUUCGUUUAUCAGUGCUAUCUUCAUGGGCGUUGGCAUGGUUUUGAUUAUCCCUUCUGCAUCGACAGUGCUUGGGCGAGAUGUUCCCGAAGGACAGCUUGGACUUGCGAGCAGCCUUACCAACACAGCGGCGGCAUUUGCUUUCUCUGUUGGACUCGGCAUGGCAGGUGCUGUGGAAAUGGGAAAGCGAAAUAACAGGAAUCCUUUGGGAGGUUAUCGCGAUGCACAGUAUUUUGGUCUGGGUCUUGGAGGGCUGGCCUUCAUCUUGGCCCUUGGCCUACUUUGCGCAGCAUUGCUCCGGCGGCGCAGGGAUUGA